UUGGAUAAAACUAAUUACGAUGCUGCAGAGCGUCGAUUGGCUGAGGAGCGUCAUUUGCGCUUAGAUUUGGAGGCCCAAUUAUCUAACUGUUCGACAAUCGAGCAAAGGCAAUCGGCUAAUGAGCACUCUGAACACUUAGGCCAUGAACCAGACGCCAAGCACCGGUGA